GUCUCAACAUUUUGGUAUUAGAAUUUUCGUCUCAAAAUGAUCUCAAGAAUCUCCCCUUAAGCGUCAUUCGUCUCUCUCCCGGACACCCUGUAUAUUAAUCCCUAAGCAAGUUUCGACCGAUUGUAUGUUGGGAACAAAUGAUGAAGAAUCAUAAUUAUCUCCGCAAUCGUGCAAGAAUCUGAUUGUACAUUAUUUUACUUCGAAAGAAGGCCAUCCUCAUCGUAUCGGUUACAUCGUCCUUCGAUAUGCAAGACAAUCGACAUGCGUGAAGACGUGAAAAUUGAACGAGCAGGUCCGACUGAAAUGGCAGCUUCCGAGCACAUGGAGAACGGAAAAAGAAACGAUGACAAAACAUCAAUUCCAAAUGAAGAAGUAUACAUUUCUAAACUUCGACAAGCAAUACCACAAUGUUGCGCAGUUGGCGCUAAAAAUUUACUCCUGAUUACUUUUGGUACAACGUUGGGAUUCUCAACUAUCCUUAUUCCGGCGUUACAGAAGGAUGAUUCGGAUAUCAAAGUUACGAUGGAGGAAUUAACAUGGAUCAGCAGUCUGAACUUAUUUCUCGUGCCGAUCGGUUGCUUAGCAAGCGGACCGAUAUCGCAAUAUUUAGGCAGAAAACGAGCAAUGAUGCUGGCGAAUAUACCGUUCGUCGUAGCCUGGUUAAUAUUUUACUACUCCACCAAUCCCGGGAUGUUGCUUACGGCGCUCGCGAUAACGGGCCUAACAGGAGGCCUUCUGGAAGGUCCAGUUAUAACUUAUGUUGCCGAGGUGACGCAACCCUACCUGCGAGGGAUGCUCUCUGCGACUUCCUCGAUGGCAGUAAUCCUAGGUAUCUUCACGCAAAUGUUAAGCGGCAGUUUGGUCCAUUGGAGAACGGUGACGAUCAUCAAUCUGAUUUAUCCGAUUCUUUGUAUUCUCGCUUUAUGUUUGGUGCCCGAGAGUCCACAUUGGCUGGCCGUUAAGGGUCGUCUCAAGGAAUCAGAACACGCUCUCUGCUGGUUGCGAGGUUGGGUAAAUCCGUCUCAUGUGCAUAAUGAAUUUGGAGCGCUUUGCGAAGCGAUUCAGAAGCCGGCCAAUAAUACCGGCUCUGAUAAGAAAAAAAUCUGGCAAGCCUACAUGAAACGAACUUUCUACCUGCCUUUUUCUUUGGUCACUACAGCAUUCUUUAUCAGUAACUUCGGCGGCUGCACGACCUUGCAGACUUUCGCCGUUAUAAUAUUCGCGAAAUUAAACGCACCGAUCGACAAUUACACUGCCACGGUAUUUCUGGGCAUUGCCCAGUUAAUAGGCAUCAUAAUCUGCGUAUUGACGAUUCACCUUAUAGGAAAACGCAAGCUGACCUUCCUAUCAGUCGGUGGUACUGGAUUAUGCUUCCUCACUACAGCUAUCUAUGGUUAUUUGAACGAGGCAGAUUAUGUGGACGGGGUCAAAUACAGCUGGAUACCUACUACCUUCAUGAUAGGCGGUGCUUUCAUGGCAAAUAUAUGCAUCAGAACGCUGCCUUGGAUUCUUGCUGGAGAGGUGUUCCCAGUAGAAGUACGCAGCAGCGCAACCGGUGCGGCUGGUAUGACUGCCUACAUCAUGGCGUCGAUCGCGAAUAAAACCUUCCUCUACAUGGUGAAUAGCAUGUCACUGCCCGGCACAAUUUUCUUCUACUCUGUGAUCAAUCUUGUUGGUUUGUGUCUAUUAUAUGUGAUAUUACCUGAGACCGAAGGUAGGACUUUACAAGAAAUUGAAGAGCAUUACGCCGGUAUACAGAACUUGAAGGAUCGACCAAGGAAGAAGCAACGGGCCAUCAAAGAAAAAUGGGCAGUUGCGAAUCCAGCAAUCAUACACGAUGAGAGUAACGAAAGUAAAUUGUAGGUCGAAAAUCGGCUAGCAACACUUUCGCGAAUUAAAAUAUAUUAUUAACUAUUGCAUUUUGAACUCUUUUCACGAUAAAAAAAUAUAUU